UUUCCGCUUCCUCCCCGGCGGAGGCUCGGAGGAACGGGGCGGAGGGAACCGAGGGCCGCCCCCGGCGCAGGCGCGGAGCGGCCGGAGCGGGAGCGGGGCGGCGGGCGCAGGGCUGUGCCUGUGUGGGGAGGAGAAGGAUCGUGCCCGUUUGAGAGGAGCUGCCGCCUGGUCACCAACAUGGUAGUUUUCACGUGCAAUUCCUGCGGAGAGUCUGUGAAGAAAGCACAAGUUGAAAAACAUGUGAACAUCUGCAGAAACUGCCAGUGCCUUUCUUGCAUGGAUUGUGGCAAGGAUUUCUGGGGCGAUGACUAUAAAGACCAUGUGAAGUGUGUAAGUGAAGACCAGAAAUACGGUGGAAAAGAUUUUGAAGCCAAAACCAACAAAGGAGAUGUUAAACAACAGGCGUGGAUUCAGAAAAUUCAUGAAGUAAUGAAGAAGCCAAAUGUCAACCCUAAAGUGCGGAACAUUUUAGAGCAAAUGCGUAUCUUUGAUAACAUUCCAAGAAAAAAAGUAAAAUUUCAGAAUUGGAUGAAGAACAGUUUGAGAAUUACUGACAGCACUUUGCAAGACCAGGUGUGGGAUAUUUUUUCUGAAGCAACCAGAGAUGUGUCAGGCAAAAAAGAACAUGACAAACCACAACAGAAGGAAGAAGUCCAGUCUGCAGAAAGUGGGGAAAAAACAGUGGCAAAAGAAAAUGGAGUUACAGAUGAUAAAACUGAGCGGAAAAAGAAUAAGAGAGAACGAAAAGAAGAGAGACAAAAGAACAACAAGAAGGAGAAAAAAGAAUUGAAAUUGGAAAACCAGCCUGCAAGCUCAGAAACAAAAAAGAAUAAAAAGUCUAAAAAAGGAAAGGAGAGCUUGGAGAAUGAAUUUGAAAUAAAUGGAAAUGGCCAUCAGAAUGAAAUAGAAGAGGAAACAAAUAGAAAGAAACGCAAACGUAAACAUGCAGAAGAGGAACCUCAUAUCACAAAAAAGAGAAUGAAAACUGAAAGCAUUUCAGAAGACAUGGAAACAGAAAACACCGAUGGCAAUGAAGAAACUGUGGGAACAGAUAAAGGUAAAUUCAACUGGAAAGGAACCAUCAAAGCUGUUCUGAAACAGGCUCCAGAUAAUGAAAUUUCAAUUAAAAAACUACGAAAAAAGGUUAUAGCUCAGUAUUAUGCAGUAGCUGGUGAGCAUCACAAAUCAGAAGAGGAUAUUCUAGUCAUAUUUAAUAAGAAAGUGAAUAACAAUCCCAAAUUCAAAGUUUUAAAGGACAAAGUGAAACUCCUGAAGUAAGAGUUUUCAUACUUUCCAUAACAUUUGCAUUUUAGACUUAGAGACUGAGUCAAAUGCUCCUGACAAGUGAACAAACAUCAUGCAUAGGUCUCAGUUUAAAUGGUUUGUAUAUAUGAGAGCAGAAUUUAAGACUGGAUUCCUCUUCUUUUUCUAAAUUUAUCACGAAACAUUUGGGAAGUACUGCAUAUCUCUUUUCAGAUAUUUUAUUUUUUGAUUUUUAUGGAAAAGUAUAUUUUUUUUGUACAAGUUUUAAAAGGCAUUGAAAAUAGUUGUUGCCUAACUAUAUUGAAAUUCUUCCAGUAAUGGACGUAAUUUAUAGGCAUGAAUGUUUUUCAGGACUUGGAUUGUGUGACUUUUUAUAGAAACUAUUGUAAGAGCAAACUUUCAUAUUUCUCACUACGGAAUACAUGUUUUGUCGUGGUACAGUUUGAAAUGGUAUGACUGCUAGCCCCUUUGUGCACUACAGCUUAUAUACACAGGCUUUCAUCGCCAGUUAAUUUUGUGUUGUAAAAUGCAUAAUUACAGUGUCCGUCAAGUUUGUGUAUAUAAUGUUGCACGUUCAGUGAAAAUCUGAAGACUGUUACCUGUACAUGCAUAGCUACUUAAUGUUUUAACGAGUAAUGCAACCAACUUUGCUGUAAGUGGUGUCACAUGACCUAAAAUAAAUGACUUUAAAACACCACCUUAAAUAAAAUAAAUAUUGCAGUUUACAAUUAUACAAAGACUGUGCAUGAAAUCCAUAAAGUAUACAUAAUUUGUUAUGUUGCAGUCACUGAAAGAAUUUUAAAAGGCAAGAAAUCUUACAAGAGAGUUACGUGGGGAAAGUUACUUGUUUAUAGGGUCUAUAUGUUAUAAACAUAUACAAAUUUAUAAGUUUAUAGGGUUUUAAUCAUAUGCAAAAUAAUUCCAGACACGGAAUAUCCUACCAUGAAGUAAUCUCUUGAGAAUAGUAGUGGAAAGCUAGUGAAAAUUUCUUGCAGUAGGUGGUAAUGGUGUUCUGGAAAAUUACGUAGUGAUUUCAGGAAGCUAUGCAGGUGUACAUUUAUAAAAUUCAUAACUAAAAUAUCAGAAUUUAUAGUAAUACUGAAUAUAUUAAAAGCAUGAAAACUUUAACUGUCUGAUACUUUGGGUCCAGUUUUUCUGAGUAUAUAUUUGUCUUGUUUAUAAGAAAACUUGAAAUAAAAAUGCCUAAUAAGUUUAUAAGGUCUCUUCAC